UGCUCAUCUUGAUCAACAGAUGGAGAAUCACAUUCCUAGUCCGAUUGCCCACAAAGCAGCAACUCCUAUCGCGUUGCCAUCGCCUAAAAAUACAUCCACUGCGCGCCAAGGUGAUAACCGACUAUUUCUAGCAGACAACUUGGCAGUAGACGCGGUCGGAUGGCGCUCUGUUCCGUCGAGAGAUGAUCCAGCUCGACAAAGGGCUUUCGACACUGGCAUUUUACCUCUCCUCGGAGUCGGCGGAGAAACACACACGUCGGUGUCUUCUUAUCAGUCUCUACCAAGUGAUGAGGAAAUCGUCAGGCUCUUUGAACUAUUCCGCCAUCAGCCCGAACCCCUGUCCCGAGUCUCUCGAGGACCCCAGGUUGCUGUCUCUGCUUCACGCCAUCUUGGCAGCCGGAGCUCAAUUCUCCGAGAUGGACUUGCAAAAUCGCAUCCAAGUAUCUCAACGACACACAAAGCACGCAUUGGAUCUACUGCGGUCAACAAAUUAUCUCGGGAACCCUUCCAAAGAGGCCAUCCAGACACUACUUCUCUUAGGUCACGUGCUUCAAAACGAUAUGAAGCCCCAGGCAGCUUGGGUCCUCGGGGGCACAACCAUCCGCCUUGCCCAAUGCCUCGGUCUUCACAGGAAGACGAUCCGUUCAUCAGCUUCUUUACCACUGGAUGAGGAGGCAAAGUACCUGAGAUUGGCCAUUGUCAGACAAGACUCCCUACUCGCCCUCACUUUAGGUCGCCCACCAACCUCGUAUGAGCUGGACUUUGAGGGCGAUCUGCCCCAACUGUCAGAAUCCGUCCGAGGUUCGGGUCUAUCAUACCUCCAAGCCAUCGGCUGGCUUGUCCACGUCAUGCUCCGCCAUCUCCCGUUUCAAUCUCAGUCGUUACCGCAGCCAAUCUCAGCACUCGACGACAUCGAAUCCAUAGAAGCUUCCCUUUCGCCCCACUUGAUCGAUGCCAAGAGAAGCGCUACGAUACCGCAGAUGCAAGAACACUAUGCUUUCGAACUACAUCGACAUUUCCUCGUCACCAGUCUUUGCCGACCGGUUGUAUCAAGUAGUGGAUUCGCGGCGCUGAGCGAAAGUGACAGGUCGCGUAUCCUCGAGCACCUUCGAGAAUCUCUCAAGCGCAGUGCCCGGGCCUAUGUGCGGUUGAGGUCAAUCGCAGGAUAUGCAAGGAGGUCUUGGGCUUUUAUUCAUAAUGGUCUAACGUCAGUUCUUCUUUUAAGCUUGAUGCGAGAGACUAGGUAUCUUGCUGAGACCAGGACCCUUCAAGACGAGCUUAUUGGGAGCCUAUCAGAUGGAGAAGGGGAAACCGGCUUGCUCACAGAAUCUGGCUCCAAUGGCCGGCUUCCGGCCGCUCUCCAGAAAGCUUUGAAGGCACUCAAGACUCUUAAAGCGUUGACGGAGCGUGAUGUACUCCCACAAGACUCAACGCUGGAGAACAAUAACCAAGACAUCCCACUUCCUAGUCAUCCUGCGGCUUUCAGUCGACGACCUACAACAGCCCAAGAGAGUGCGUUGGGGGCAGCAGAACAGACCAACUUUUGGGGUAUGGGCGACACGGACUGGGAGUUUCCGAUUGACUUCGAUAUGUCCCCGCUCAGCGCUUUCGACUACAUCAUGUCGAAUCAAGACUUUAGCGGAGACAACCCCUUCCUACCCAAUCUUAUGUGACAUUCGAAAUUGUGUGAUAGGCUCUGAGUAGUCAUUGU